ACAGAGUUAUUACCCAGCAUCCCAUUGGGGUCCAGAAGUUUAUACACCCUCACUUUAGAGGGGAGGCUGCCUGGACACAUGUUCUCAGGACCUCCCAAGGCUACAUACACUAGGCGUCAAAUAUAUUCAGCUCAGAAGAAACCUUUUUAAAUUAUCUUAUAUAACUUGAAGUUUUUCCCAUUAAUAAAAGGAAAAAAUUACAGAAAAUGAAUAUCCAUUUUAAUCCAAUGAAAUUAACUCUGCUUGUUGUCAAAACACAGCAGUAAGAGCAGCAAUAGGCCAGGAACAGUAUAGGCAAAUACCAGGAAAGUUAUUUUCAAAAUUUGUUUACUUAAUAUUUAACACUGAAAACAAAUAUGAGGGCCAUUAGGGCGACGUUCUGCAUUCCUCUACUUAAGCAAUUAGAAUCUGUAAGUAUUAUACAGAUAAAUUACUCAUCUGGUCCUCCCACACAGUGGUUUGUUCAUACAGUAAAUAUGAAAGCACAGCUCUGCCCUGCAGGUUGUUUUGCACGGGUCUGUCUAGAUAGUGAAGGAAUAGAGGGUAAGGACAACUGCAAAAUGCCUGAUUAAAGUGUGUUACUUAGCUUGGUGCAUACAGUAGAGGUUCAAUAUUUAUUUGAUUGACAGUGAAAUUAUUUCUUUAGACAAUAUGAUCUAAAAGCUGUCGCCCUAUCCCCACCCUCACAGUCAAUGUGCAUAAAAGCCAAAAUCAAAUGAAGCCCGCAGAUUUGGGUUUGUCAAUUCAUGGUAAAAGCAGCCCUAGUUAAACCAAUUGUCCUAUGAACCAAGUCAAAAUGAUUCAACUAAAGAAUGCCUCUCCACUGGGAGGUGAUGCCUAAUAUUUAUAGUAAGCUUUACCACAGUGCCCAUACAAGGAGAAUAAUGCACCGUAAACUGACAAGCAGUUUAAAAUAAAAUUACUUAUUCUACUAGUUAGUACAGACACAUCAACAAGUUCAGGGUAUUCCACUGCAGAAGCAAAGAUCUCUCCUACAUGUGAUGGGUAAUUCAAAUGGGUAGUUCAAUCUUCAGGUUAUGAUAUGGGAUCCAAUUUCAGCUGAAAUGAUUAUAAAGCUAUGUAAACACACUCAUCACAUCCUCCUGGCACAGUUUUACUGACUUUGUUUUGUUCUUUUUGCUCCAUUAGUGAUUUGCACCAAUUUACACGACGAAUUAUAAGAACAAGUAAGCUCAGGACUCCCGAAGCCAAGCCACUCGUUUUACAGACUGAGAAAAAGAUGUGUAAGCAACUUCUUCAAGGCUAAGCAACACUCAUGAGAUUAAGUACUUUAAGAGGUUAGCAAAUGAGAUAAAAGAAGUCCAGUUGUGCAUUCUGAGUUGCCAGAUUGCCAAAUCCUAGCUGAAUAUUGAUACAAAUAACUCAGUUCAUUGUGUGAUCUACCUAAGGGGAUUUUUAAAAAAAAAAAUCAAAGGUAAUAAAUUUAAAUUUGCUCCCUCAUACUUGUGCAUGAGGAAAACAUUGAGUUGGGUAAACAGGACGUGUACCUUAUGAUGAAUUUUAGUACUAGAAGUAACAAAGUCAUGUCCGGUAAAAUCUAUGUCUGUAAACCAUCAUGGUUAGAAAUCGUUUUUAAAAUGCUUUACAGAGAGGGACAUCUUUCUCCUUUCUACAGACGUCUGGUUUGAUUUCAUCUCUUUUUAAUUUAACUUUCGCAGUAAGAAAGUAAUGACUUGCAUUGUAAUGACUUCAGAAGAGUGACCUGGGUAGAGCACAGAUGUAGAAAAGUUAGAGCGACAAAGGGGUGGGGUGAGGGGAUGAGACAGAGGGGCCAGCACCGGGUAAACGCAGGGGGCUUCUGCGCCCGUCUCUCCGCAGCACAGAGCACCGCGGGUCUCAGCAGCGGCUCCGGACCGCCGGCCCCCCGCGGGUCCCUCCCGCCGCCCAGGGGUCGCGGGGGCUGCGCUCUCCGCGACAUGUCAUCCCGGGUCCGUGCCGGGCUACGAUUGGACGCGCCGCCGCCAGGCACCCGCCAGAAACACAAACGGGCAGGGGAGCGGAGGGGGGCGUUCUAACGAGUCGAGAGCUUUGGCUUUUUCCCGUCUCCCCACUCCCCUCCGCGCUCCACGCCGGGUCUGCUGCUCCUGCUGGCCGCGGAUCGCUCGCGCGGCAGGAGAGUUGGCGCAAACCUCGCCGCCGCCGCCCCUGCGCCUUCCCCUGCACCCCUCCUCUCUCGUCAUGGGACCAACUCCGGGCUCCUAAGAGUUUGGGCUCUCAGCGGCGCGAUCUCCGGCCAAAGUCACUAAGGGCGGGUUAUGGCUUAGGGCGCCAGAGGGGUCGGCCUCGAGGUAACGCCAAGGGGAAAGGACGACGAAGCUAACUGGGAAAGAAAGAAGAAAAGAAGAAACGCCAGACGAUGAGUUUCCACAAGGAGGACGGAGUGAGCAGCCUGUGCCAGAAGGCGCUGCACAUCGUCACGGAGCUGUGCUUCGCGGGCCAGGUGGAGUGGGAGAAGUGCUCCGGCAUCUUUCCCCCGAAGGGCGGCAGCCAGAGCGGAGGCAGCACAGAUAUUUCGGUCAGCCUGUUAGCAGUUGUCGUCAGCUUUUGUGGCCUGGCCUUGUUGGUUGUCUCGCUUUUUGUCUUCUGGAAGUUGUGCUGGCCAUGCUGGAAAAGUAAACCUGUGACGUCCGACGUUGGUGCCCGUCCACAGAGCACGUCAAGUGCUCCGACUGAAGUGUUCGAGGCGGAAGAGAAAAAAGAAGUAAAGGAAAAUGAAAAGCCAGCCGUGAAGGCUAGUGAGCCUGCAAUCAAAAUUAGCCACACUUCCCCUGAUAUCCCAGCAGAAGUCCAAACUGCUUUAAAAGAACAUUUAAUCAAACAUGCACGUGUGCAAAGACAGAUUACUGAGCCUACAUCUUCAUCUCGCCACAAUUCCUUCCGGAGACACCUGCCAAGGCAAAUGCAGGUUUCCAGCGUUGACUUUAGCAUGGGCACAGAACCUGUUUUACAAAGAGGAGAAACCACCACCAGCAUUGGGAGGAUAAAACCAGAGCUCUACAAACAGAAAUCCGUGGACUCCGAGGGCAACAGACAAGAAGACGUCAAAACCUGUGGGAAACUUAACUUCACCCUCCAGUAUGAUUAUGAAAAUGAACUUCUCGUUGUUAAAAUCAUCAAAGCCUUAGAUCUCCCUGCUAAAGACUUCACAGGAACUUCUGAUCCUUAUGUGAAGAUGUACCUUCUUCCAGACAGGAAGAAGAAAUUUCAGACCCGUGUGCACAGAAAGACUUUAAAUCCUCUAUUUGAUGAAAUUUUUCAAUUUCCUGUAGCGUAUGACCAACUAAGCAAUCGAAAGCUACAUUUCAGUGUGUAUGAUUUUGACAGAUUUUCUAGACAUGACAUGAUUGGGGAAGUGAUUCUUGAUAAUUUGUUUGAAGUCUCUGAUCUCUCCAGGGAAGCCACAGUAUGGAAAGAUAUCCACUGUGCUACCACAGAAAGUAUAGACCUGGGCGAAAUCAUGUUUUCCCUUUGUUAUUUGCCAACGGCUGGGCGUAUGACAUUGACAGUUAUCAAAUGCAGAAAUCUGAAGGCGAUGGAUGUUACUGGUUCAUCAGAUCCUUAUGUCAAAGUGUCUCUGAUGUGUGAGGGCCGAAGAUUAAAAAAGAGGAAAACAACUACAAAGAAAAACACUCUAAAUCCUGUGUACAAUGAGGCUAUUAUUUUUGACAUCCCUCCAGAGAACGUGGACCAAGUCAGCCUGUCCAUUGCGGUCAUGGAUUAUGACAGGGUAGGACACAAUGAGGUCAUUGGCGUGUGCAGGACAGGACUGGACGCUGAAGGUCUCGGGCGAGACCACUGGAACGAAAUGCUGGCCUAUCACCGAAAACCAAUAACACACUGGCACCCCUUGCUGGAGUUACCUGGCCGGGCAACCAGUUUUGAUAGUCAAGGAUCCUGUCCUUCUCCCAAACCACCUUCCACACCGUAAUGCCUCCAGACUAAGAUGAUUCUAAAAAGGGCCUAACCAUGUUCUCGCUGGAUCAGGAAAAAAAAAAACAAAGUGGAAGGUUUGAUUUUCUCAUUUAAAAUACAUCCAUGAUAAUGUACAAACUUGAUGUGCACUUGUUUCUUUUCCUUUUUUGUCUGUUUUUUUUUAAACUUUGAACAUCUUAAUACAUUUUACUUGAAUACAAUAGCCCUCAGAUGCAUAAGGUAUUUUAUCCUUCCUGUCAUGUGCCUAUUAGCACUCUGUGUAUUCUAACAUAUUGUAAUUCUUUGCAUAGGCGAAGAAAUAAGUUUUUUAUAAGAUUAAUUCUUAUCUAAAACUAUAGUUUAUGCUGGUUCUGUAUAAAGUAGCCCAUGUCACAUACGCAUGGUUUUGAUUUUUCUGCAACUGUGUUCAUUUCCUAUUGUGCCCACGGUUCUAUAUAAACUUUAAAGAAAAUUUGAACUUACACAGCAUUCAAUCUUUGUGCAAAUUAAUGUUACUUAUCUGAUCAUUUCUUUUCUUCUCAGCAAAUUCUUUUCUUGGUGAAGUUUGGCUCUG